AUGCAGCAUGGAAUAUCGACUGAAUUUGCACUCACAUCUUCAACGAAGCCGCAAUCGUCUCAUAUUUCAUCCUUUUUGUUUGCAGAGGAGCUUCUCUGUGGUGUCCUUCUUCACUGGCCUCACCGCUCCCAGCCUGCGUCGUUGCUGUUAUGUGGGCCAUCUGGCAAUGGAAAAAGUCAUGUUGUGUGCAGGGCGCUUCAGCGUGCCCGCGGUGCCACAAGUCGGCGACGUGUGCUUGCUGUUACCCCACAACUUGCUUUAUCUCUCUCGCGACGGCAUGUAGACGGAAGCACAGCCCUCAGGGAAUUCGUUCGUCACUCAAUUCGCGGUGCUGUGGUUUGUCCCGGUAGUCAUCAUUCUGGGGAUGAGGAUGGAGACGCGGCUGUGAUUGUUGUGCUUGAUCACAUGGAAUUGUUCAUCACCGCUUCGGAUAACGCCGCUGGGUGGAUACGUGGCGACAGAUCGUCGUCCGAGCAGUCGCACUCCACUGCCCCGCACCAUCCGGUCGUUCUGGCUGAAUUGUACGAUAUUAUCCGCGGGCGUGAGCUCUUUGACAAAGAUGAACUCCGGUUUAUGCGUUUAAAUACGGUGCUUUUCGUGACGUUGUUCAGUGGCGCAUGGGAAGAUAUUGAUCCGUUUGCCCGCGCAAAGUUAUUCGAUGCAUAUGUUCCGUUGGAAACACCAUUGGAAGAGGAAAGGUUUGCGUUUUUCCGUACUCACACCAAAUAUCCAUUGCUUUGGUGUCGAGCGAUUGCCGCACGCAGUGGAGGAAUUCCUUACAGGGGCUUGAAGGAGAUUGUCGAGCACAUGGAGGAUGUCGUGCAUAACGCAACACCAGCGGAACACUAUAACCAGAUGUCUGUGCGCAAGGAUGAGGCGGUUGACGACGCAGCGCACAAUUCCGACUCAGAGACGGAAGCAGUGGCAGCGAUCUUUUCACUUCGCGCAGUUCGAGCAUUCGGCACAAGCGGCUCUAUUGCGGCACAGGAGUACCGCCAAAGUGCUGGUUAUGUUGACGUGCAGGAGACACGGUGGCAAGAUAUUGCUGGGCUUGAGUCCGUCAAGGAAACGUUACAUCGGCUUGUUCUGCGUCCGCUGCAUUCCUCCACGUUACACCGUCGUUUUGGCAUUCGACCCUCCACGGGUGUUCUGCUCUAUGGUCCUCCAGGCACCGGGAAAACCAUGCUCGCACGUGCCAUGGCCACGGAGCUGAACGCCUCCUUUAUCUAUAUAGACCUACCGCAGCUGAUUCAGGCUGAGGUCGGCCAAUCGGAGAGAAGACUGCGCGGUUUUUUUGAUGCGGCACGUGAACGCAGUCCUUCCGUGAUGUUUAUCGACGAACUGCAGGCCGCAUUUGGAACGCGGCGUGCGCCACAAGGCUUCUUGGGUUCAACGCACGACAUGCGGCUUGUUACCCAGUUUUUGAACCUGCUGGACAAGGCUCAGGAGGACGAGGAGCACUUCACACUCUUCGUUGGUGCAACGAAUGUCAAGGAAAUGCUUGACGAGGCGGUGCUGCGCGCUGGGCGUCUUGAUACGCUCGUCGAGGUGACUCUUCCGGAUGAGACAGCCCGGCGUUCCAUGGUGCAGCGCGCCGUGUACGGUGAGUGGGCGGCGUGGUUUCCCGCAAAUGAGGUGGCAUCACAGCAGGCGUUGGUUUGUGCCUUUAUAAAAGGGACGGCGGGGUUUAGCGGAGCAGAACUGCGCCAUGCGAUGAACGUGUUUUCUCUUCAGUUCAUUCGUCUUGCAAGCACCACGACGAGAAGCGGCAGCGCGGAAUUCUUUCAGAAGCUGCAAGAUAUGAUGAUUCAAAAAGAGACGCACAGUCUAAGCAAUUACGCGCAAGACGCCCUGACGCGCGCGCUCACGAGAGCCGCACGGCCGUGA